AAACCUGAUUGGCUGAUGCGCUGGCUGCGCGGUGCAUGCUGGGAAAAACCGGUAGCGCUUGGUUUAAAACCAUUUUGUGGCCCGAGAAGUGGAGAAGAGAAAGUUGAGGUGGAAAUGUUUUGAUUCAAGAAGUCUGCCGUGUCUGCUUUUCAGCAAGACAGUGGAGUUGGUGACUGAUGGACCACAGCCUGUCAUCACAAAUUGUCAUCCACAUCAUCAACCAUCUGCUCCCUUAUGUAAUGGUCGCCCACCAGCACCUCUGCACCCUGUGGGUCAGCUGGUGGCCAAAGUCAGCCCAGAGGAAGGUUAAGAAUGUCUCACACCGCAGUAUUGUCCGGGUGAUCGGCACCUACCUGUCACUCAAACCCCAGCACCACAGACUUUACUUCCAGGUAAGGUCUCACACCACAGUAUCGUCACUCAAACCCCAGCACCACAGACUCUACUUCCAGGUAAGGUCUCACACCACAGUAUCAUCACUCAAACCCCAGCACCACAGACUCUACUUCCAGGUAAGGUCUCACACCACAGUAUCAUCACUCAAACCCCAGCACCACAGACUAUACUUCCAGACUGUCCAGCCGGAUCAGCGAUGCUCUACCCCGUUCAGCGAGGAUGGCGUGCGGAGAGCGCCGGUGUCGCUGGCGGACAUCGCCAUGUUGGAACAGGAGGAACCACUGCCUGGCAUCUACAUUAGCUGUGAAUUGGGACAGUCCAGAAGAGAAGCCAGGAGAAACUCAAGAAGUUGUGUCAGGAGAAAGGAGACGGAACACGUCUUAGACACCACCCCUGCAGCAACGUGCAAUCCUAGUCAGAAGCAGCCCCCAGUAGAAGAUGCAGCCCUGCAGAGAAUCAGCGCGCUGGAGGCAGAGCUGAACAAACUCCGCGCUCAGAUCGCUCUCAUGGCCACCGUGCAGCCGCAGACCCCCUCCGUACAGCCAGGUGCUGGUAACCCCCUGGGGACCCCUCAGGCUCCACCACCUGCACCGCCCCCUCCCCCACCUCCACCCCCUCCCCCUGCAAGUCUGGCCACACCUGUCAUGAACAUCAAGGAGAUCAUCAGGAAGAACAAGUCGAAGCGCUCAGCCUCCGUGAGCACGCCCGUCUCCAUGCCCAGUAUAAACAGAUGUAUAAUUGUGAAACCUAAAUGUUUUCCCCAGAACAAGUCAAAGCGGUCUGCCUCUGUGAGCACACCCGUUUCCAUGCCCAGCCCCGGCGGAGUCCCAAACAUGAUGGCUGUACUCAAGGACAUGAGCAACGUCAAGCUGCGCUCUGUGGAAAGGUCACCAGGAGGCACCCCCGUGAGACAGAAGCCGAAGGAAGCCGACGCCCAGGACCCGGCGGCGCUCAUCGCCCAGGCGCUGCGCAGGAAGUUCGCUCACAGGAAACCCGUCGGGUCACCUGAUCAGCAGGACAAGGAGAAUGACUGGCCGUCACCGGACGCGUCAUGCAGCCCGAAGCACAAGUUCCAACAGGCUUAA